AUCCCUUGCCGAAUCGGACAACUGUGCCCCUGGGUUUUCAACUUCCGACUGCAGUCUGCAAUUUACGAGGACGACCCGAUUGAAAUGAUCAAGUUCUAAAAUAUUUAUAACAUUUUCCCAUGUUCAAUGAGACUCGGUCUCCGCGAUUCACACGCUCCAUGCCUUUCCCCGAAAGAAAUCCAUUCUUCUUCUGGCUCGGUUUUCCUUUUCACACCAUAAACUCAUUUCAUUCACACGCUCCUGACCCCUCCACUCUCUGGGUCUACGCUCCUUUACUUUUUAUUUAUUCUUUUGUCUGUUUUCAUUUUCUUUUUUGUCUAAUGGGGUUUUUGGUUGUUGAGCUAAAUUCCAGCUGCGUAGUAUUGACUUGCCGUGGAUCGUGGAGUGCUCGUCCUGUCCCUGGAUACGCUCAUCUCUCUUUCUCGUUCUUUGAGUUUCGCUCAGAAACUCCUAGAAUAAAGUUCUUUGAUUGUUAUAAAAUUGUUCCUUCACUUCUAUCUAUUUGAAUUGUAUGAGAGCGAAGAAAUCAGUUUUGAGAGGCCAUGAAGUGCUUUUCUUUCCCCAAUACAGAGAAAAAUGAUGAACCAGGGACUAUAAAGUCUAUGUCUAUUGGGUCCACCUCCACAUCCAUGUACACAGACCAGGAUACGAGGAGAUCUGGUUCUGAAUUCAAUUCUCAGAACGUCUCAGAAUUAAGCACUGCAUCCUCUGUCAAGUCAUUUGCAAUCAUGUCUCAAAGACAAAGUAAUCUCAGAGAAUUCACGUUCUCAGAGAUGAAGACGGCCACAAAGAGUUUCAGCCGCUCUGUCAUGAUUGGAGAGGGUGGGUUUGGUGGUGUAUAUAGGGGUGUUAUCCGGAGCACAGAUGAUCCUCAUAAAAAGAUAGAUGUCGCUGUUAAGCAACUAAGUAGAAGAGGAUUGCAGGGCCAUAGAGAGUGGGUGACAGAAGUAAACGUUUUAGGUGUUGUUCAACAUCCAAAUCUUGUUAAAUUAUUGGGCCACUGUGCUGAGGAUGAUGAAAGAGGGAUCCAGAGGCUGCUGGUAUACGAAUACAUGCCCAACAGGAGUGUGCAAGAUCACUUAUCAAGCCGAUUUCAGACACCUCUUUCGUGGGCCACAAGAAUGAGAAUAGCCCAGGAUGCUGCUCGCGGAUUAGCAUACCUCCACGAAGGAAUGGAUUUUCAGAUUAUCUUUAGGGAUUUCAAGUCUUCAAAUAUUCUUUUGGAUGACCAAUGGAAUGCAAAGUUAUCGGACUUCGGAUUGGCCAGGCUGGGGCCUUCAGAUGGAUUAAGUCAUGUCUCAACUGCAGUUGUAGGAACAAUUGGAUAUGCGGCUCCUGAAUAUAUUCAAACUGGGCAUCUUACAUCAAAAAUCGAUGUCUGGAGCUAUGGUGUUUUCCUUUAUGAACUCAUCACUGGCAGGCGCCCUUUUGAUCGGAACCGCCCCAAGAACGAGCAAAAAAUGUUGGACUGGGUCAGGCCACACCUGUCUAAUAAGAAAAAAUUUGAGCUGAUUUUGGACCCCAAACUCGAAGGAAAGUAUUCGCUCAAGUCUGCUCAAAAGUUAGCUGCUGUAGCCAACCGAUGCCUGGUGCGGCAGGCUAAAUCACGCCCCAAAAUGAGUGAAAUCUUAGAGAUGGUGAACAGAAUUAUGGAGACAACAGAUAUUGGAGUCCCCGAACACCCCAUCAUGAGUUUAGCUGCAGAAGAAGACUCCAUAGAAUCCAAAAGAGAACGUUUAAAGAGAAUUUUUUUGGAUCCACUUACAGGAGAAAAUAGUUGUUUGAAUUGUGGAACAUGGAGACCUAAGGUUGUCAUGAUUAACAUGCUUGGUAGACCUGAGAAGUAAUACCUUUUUUUUUUUUUGGGGGGGGGGGUAAUGGGCUGGGCCCUCUCUCCGUCCCACCCAGCUCCUUCACGAUGAGAGUGGAUACGUGAGUCAGGCACAAGGCUGCCCUUUUUAGCUGAUUUUGACAAUUACUCUGCGUUAUGUAUAGUGCAGUACUGGAUUGAAUAAACACAUAGAUGAGUCAUGAGUGCAUUGUAUAAACAUAGAUGGUGCUCUAUACUUGCUCAUUGUUGGCCUCAAAACAUACUAUUAUUAUUUUUUAUACCAAAAACUUUAUAUCAGUUCUCAGAA